AAUAAUUUUAAUAUGAAAUAACGUGCUGAUCUAAGUUUUACAUUAAUAGUAUAAUAAUCUAUAUAAAUUAAAUAUUUAAAUUAUAAGUUUACAAUCGUUGCCAUAAUUUAUUAUGAAGUUGCAUGAUAAGCAUUUCGGUGAUGAUAAUAUUGGCGGCAAAAAUGUUAGUAAUAAGUCAAUUAAUAAUAAGCAAAAACAGCAUAUGGUUGUUGUGGAUGUGAACGCAGACACACCGGCCAGUAGUGGUGCCAACUGUCAUAAUAACGGUGAUGUAGUAAAGUUAUCUGGUGUAAAUGUUGCCGAAAAGGGCGGUGUAUUAGUCGCGCAAAAUAAACAAUCCUUAACCGAUAGGAUUGCCAACAAAAUACCGGCGUUUGGUAUUAUAUUGAUGGCACUGUCGGCCACCUCAUACUCAUUGGGCAGUCUUAUAAUUAAAUUAUUACCAGAAUUGCAUUCGCUCGAGGUCCUAUUUUUCAGAUGCGUGAUCCAAUUCCUAUUCAACCUAGUAUAUGCAUUGUGGCAGGGUCAAUCUGUGGGUGGUGUGCCGGGUCACCGGUUUGACUUAUUCAUGCGGGGCGUAUGGGGAACAGUAUCGUCAAUGGGGUCAUUCAUGGCGUUCGCACUCAUACCCCUAUCCGACGCGACUACCAUCCAGUUUUCAUCGCCAGUUUUUGUCACCCUAUUUGCGUAUUUCCUGCUCCGGGAGCCCCUGACUAUACUCCAGGUGCUCACCGGCACCAUCACACUGUCGGGCGUAGUAAUAAUCACCAGGCCAAAAAUGCUGUUCACACUCGGCUGGGCUAAUAUACCGGACGGACACAUCGAGGGCCUAUUGUCCGCCAUAAUGGGUGCGUUUGGCAACGCUAUGGCCAUAAUAACGCUGCGAAAGCUGAAACAAACGCCGGUGGCUGUGGUGGUGGUGUGGUAUUCCGUGGCGAUUAUUGUGGGCACAGUGGUCACCCUGGUGGCCUGGGAUGCGUUCACGUGGCCCGUGGGCUGGAGGGCUUGGCUACUGCUGUUGGCCAUAGGGGUGACCGGUGUGGGUGACCAACUGUUCAUGACAGUGGCCCUGAGGUACGAGUCGGCCGGACCGGCUAGCAUUGCCAGAUCGUUGACCAUUGUGUUGGCAUUUGUGUGGGAUAUACUGGUGCUGAACGGGACGUUCAACGGUACGGCGGCUUUAGGGGCAGCACUAGUCAGCACAGGUGUUAUAAUACUGGGCGCCUAUAAGUGGAGUCAAGAAAAGCCGGAAUUGUUUGAUAGAUUAAGGUUUAAGUUGUGCGGAGGGACUAAAGUGGUAAAUUUAGAGUAA